AGCUGAACCAAGGUGACGUGGGGCAGCACCGGACUGGACUCUUGAGAGUGUUACUGGCAGUUGGAGAAUUCCCGUUUGCGAAUCCAGUGAUUAGUAGGAAGUGGUCCGUGGACGUGAAGACCUGUGAACAUGAUGCAUCCCAACACGGCUUGGUCGGCUGCGCCUAGUGUGCUCAGCAAGGCAUAUUUUACUAGUGCUAGACUAAACGCCCUCAUAUGUAGGGAAGUCCGUUCUAGCGGGCGGAUAGUGGUGAUCACUGGGUGUGACAGUGGUAUUGGCUACCAGCUGGCCAAAUGUGCCAGGUCGUGGGGAUGGACGGUUGUGGCCACUUGCCUGGAUCUGGAGGGAGAGGCCGCAGUCACACUCCGUCAAGCUGGGGUCCACACUGUCUAUCUUGACUUCACCAAACCCAAUAUGCUAGAUUUUCUCUUGGAUAAGCUACGACAACUAAAGGAAGAAAAUAAAGUGUUGUGGUGUCUCGUCAACAACGCCGCGAUGAUCACGUACGCUUUCCUGGAGUGGCAUACGAGCCCCAUGGUGGAUGAUCAGGUCAAAGUUAACCUAACGGGUUCCAUAGAGAUCACUAGGGCCCUUCUCCCCACCAUCAGGGAAAACAAAGGUCGGGUGGUUAUGGUGUCUUCCCCAGCAGGCCAGAUAGCUGAACGUUACGUAGCGAUUUACUGUGCCACAAAGUGGGGCAUAGAAGGCUUCACCCAGAGUCUACGCUUGGAGUUGGAUUCCUCGGGAACCUCUGUUGUUCUCGUUAGACCAUGUAACCUCGUUAACCAGACAGGACUAUUGAACAGGAAUGCUGCACAGAUAAACAUGAUGAUUGAAGGGGCGAGUGAGGAGACUAGGAAAGUCUAUGGGGCUGGAAUGAGGAAGACACAACUGGCGUUCGAGGCAGCCUUUGACAAUGUUGCCAAAAUACAAGACCUUAAUGACCCGUUCCUCAUAAAAUGUUUCAGGAGAGCCAUGAUGAGCAAGAAGCCGGCUGCUUGCUACACUGCUGCGCCCCUGGUGGUACGCUCGUCUCUGGGGCUCCUCCAGAUGCUCCCUUCUGCCUGUCUCCACGUUCUUCUCAAGCGGGGCGUCAACAUUAAAAUUUUAAGUCUUGCUAGAAAAUACUAGUAUGUAAAUGGCAUGCUAAAGUGGUUCACAAUUUUUUGGGAGGAUGGGGGGGGGGGGGAAUAUUCCAGGCUAUGGAGGCAGCCUUUUGGUACUAGUGUUUAAAGGAUGUUUGAGAUUAACUGAAGAUGUUAUGGUCACGUGACUACUAGGUUUAACUCCCCCUCCUCCAGUCCUACCUCUAGCACAAGGUGGAUGUCGUUCACAAAAUAUUGACUAACAAAGUAUACGUUAUUUGAUCCUGCAUUAUAUUUUACUUAGGAAAAGUACAUGCGUAGAUGCAGAGUUACAACAGUGAGAUUUAUGGAGCUAAUACAUAAUACACAGCCACUAAUAAGUGUUUCGGGCAAGGUGUGGAGGAAAAACUGACUAAAACUUGAUUUAUACUUUACUCCCAAUUAAUAUUGUUGAAAAAAGGAAUAAAAAAAGAGGGGAGAUGUAAAAAAAAAAAUCGGCAACUGUACAAGUUGGGCAACAAACGGCAUUGUUUAGAACAGAAAGACAUGGGUUGACAUUUAUGGGGUAAGGUAGGUUACAUGGCGCUAAUUAGGUAGUACUUGGUUCUUCUCUUCCCCUCCCCAUCUAGCCCGUUGGCACUGAGGGGGCUUGGUAGACGGUUGCCGGAGUGUGAUGCUCCGUGGGACAGUCCUCUGUCCUUUUGGGGCCUUGCACUCCUGCUGCCGUCUUCUCUAAUUGUGCUGGAUCGCUUUUCCUUUUUCCUCGUUUCGUUUUUCUCCCCCCU